AUGAUGAACGGGACUCAGCUCUGCAGCGUUCGCUGCUGCAGCAGCUGCUGCAGCGGGAUCUCAUCUAUUGUCUUAGCUGCUGCAGCCGCUGCAGCCGCUGCAGCCGCUGCAGCCGCUGCAGCCGCGGCAGUUGCUGCAGCCGCAGCAGGUGCUGCAGCUGGUGCAGCCGCUGCAGCUGCUGCAGGUGCCGUAGCUGCUGCCGGCUCCGCAGCUGCUGCAGCUGCUGCAGCUGCUGCCGGCGCUGCAGCAGCUACAGCUGCUGCAGGUGCUACAGCUGCUGCCGGCGUUGCAGGCGCUGCAGGUGCUGCCGGCGCUGCAGCAGCAGCCCUGCGGGGUGCAGCGGCUGCCGCUGCUGCUUCUAGUGGCAGUUAUUUCUGGGAUUUGCAGGCCGGCAGUUGCUGCGGCUUUAAUGCCUUAAUUCGGGUCCCGAGAAGUCCCGAAAAAGCGGAAAAAAGCCGAGAAAAAGGAGAAAAAGUUGCGAAAAUAUUCAACUUUUUCAGUACAACUCCCCCUCGGGCGGCUGCGGCAGCCGGCGGUUCGCCUGCGCAGCCAUUUCCUGCCGCAGCGCCGUCAGCAGCAUAUCGAUGGUGUAGGAGCGCUGCCACUGGCGGAGCAGCGGGAAGCUGUUUUUGA